GACACACACACACACGGACACACAGACACACACCGAGCCGGAGAGCUGAGGCCCUGCACCGACAGAUAUCCGUUACCGGGAACUUUUACCGGUUCCUCUGGGCGCGUGUUUGCCCUCCGGUGGAUUAUCGAUCAGUGAUUGUCUGUCGGAGCGGAUCGAUAUUCUGAGAUGUGUCCGCCGGGCAGCAGCAGGUAGUUCCCGGUGUCUCUCCGCCUCUCCGGUAACCCUCCGGUAACCCUCUGCCGCUCCACCAUGAUCAGCUCCGAGGCCCUCCGCCCGGCCACCAACGGCAGGAAGCCGCUGGGGAAGCUGGCGUCCCGGCUGGAGGAGGUGAAGAACCCGUGGCGGCAGGUGUCCACGCUGGAGCUGAGCCACAACGAGGCGGCGCGGCUCGCCACGGACGCGCUGCUGGAGCUCGGAGAGAAGGAGUACCGGAGGGUGCUGGCCGAGGAGCGGGAGCUCAACUUCCUGUCCCCGCUGGAGAUCCGCUACAUCGGCCAGCAUGCGGCCAGCAGGACCAGCGCCGACAGCAACGGGGCCCCCGGGGCCGCAGACCGGGACUUCGGGGACGGGGACGCCGUGUCCGAGCUCACCUCCGGGACCUACUUCCCCAUGAUGUCCGACGAGGAGCCGCCGAUGCUGGAGCUCGGCUGGCCCGAGAGUCCGGCCCGGUACGGCCCGUCAGAGACCCAGAUCUACUUCCAGAGGGACAAGUCCCACAACAUCAAGGACCUGAUCCGGUCCCUCAUCAACAAGGCCAAGAAGGUCAUCGCCGUGGUGAUGGACAUCUUCACCGACGUGGACCUGCUCUGCGACCUGAUGGAGGCGUCCAACAAGCGGCGGGUUCCUGUUUACAUCCUGCUGGACGAGAAGAACCUGGGAUACUUCAGCGACAUGUGCUCAGCGCUGGACAUCCAGAACUCCCACCUCAGUAACAUGCGGAUUCGCAGCGUUUGCGGCGACACCUACUGCACCAAGAGCGGCAAGAAGUUCAGCGGCCAGGUCCUGGAGAAGUUCAUGAUCAUCGACUGUGAGGAGGUCAUCGCUGGAUCCUACAGUUUCACCUGGUUGUCGGCUCAGGUCCACAGCAACAUGGUGAUGCAUUUCUCAGGUCGCAUCUCCGACAGCUUUGACCGGGAGUUUCGUUGUAUGUACGCCGACUCACAGAUCAUUGACUGCUUCUUCAACCCGGACGAGGACGGGAUGCCCUACUACCCAUCGUACCCAGCCAUGAUGGGCCCCGCCAUGGGUCUCGGCCCGGGCCUGACUUUGGAUCUGCUGUCCGACAGGCAGCGGGACAGAGUCUGUUCUGAAAAUUCCAGCAGCCAAUCGAGUAACAGCGUCUCCAGCGUGAAGGCGGCCCCGGGAAUGCCCUCCAACAACGUCUACAAGGUCACCCAGGGCCUCGACAAGAAGGAUCCCGGAGGUUCUCACCUGAGCCCCGAGAGGAGAGGCAGCGGAGGACAAACCCCGACGUCCGGACUCCGAGGCUCAGCUAACGGAGGAACCAAUCACGGCCCGGUUUCCGACCGGCCGCCGCCGACCUACGGUCAGGCGAUGGGCAUCGAGUGGAACAAGCCCAACCCGGCGGACGUCAUGCGGGCCAACAUCGGCGGAACCUCCUCCAAGUUCCAGGCGUUGGGGUUGUAUGACCACAAACCCAGCAUGUUCCACAGCGCCGGUCUGGUCCCUGGAGCCCCCAACUCCAACCUGAACCCCAAGAACCUGACACCGGACAGCAAGCUCAACCCCAAGCAGAGGACUCCCCCCAACCUCUUCAACAAACUCUCAGACAUGUUCCUGCCGCCCUCCAAAGACAAAGACACCUACAACUUCCGGAGGUCUCCGUCCCCUCAUGGCCCGUCGCCAUGGGGAGGGCCGGAUCUCUGCCAGCCCGAACCGGAGAGCCAGCAGAGCCCGCCGCCGCCAACGUCACCGACCACCUUAAUCAGCCGGCAGGACAACAAGCGAAUGACGUUGGGCCACAGCAAGCUGGACUUGGUGAACCAGUACAACAAGAUGAAGUCCAAGCAGGUUUACAGCCGCUUCGAGCUCAAGAGCAGCAACUAAACCAAGACCUCCGAACAAUCUGACUUUGGGACUUACAGAGAAAAGACUCUAGCAGCUCAGAGGAUGUUUUUCUGAAGUUCCAUCUUCUUUACAGCUCAAACUCUUCGUCUUCUUCCACAGUUCCUGCAGGAAAUCGAGUUUUCCUCUGAGAUUCUUGAAACCGUUCUGCCUCUUUUCUAACACGAGGACCAAUAAGAGAUGCUGGAGAGUUCUACGUCUUUCUCUUGGUUCGUAGUUUACAGAAACCAUGAACAGAAAUCAUGUUGUAAAAAUGCAAAAUUUAUCUGUUUCCAACGAUCACCGUCUGAGGAAUCAUGUUUUGAAAGCAGAAGAAAUCGUGAACGUUGGGUCUCAACACCCUUCAGGGGUUUUUCUUCUCAAUUUUAUACGAACCAACCUUGAACUAAUCUGUUAAUUCUCAUUUUUGUGUAAAAUGUAAGUGACAGCAGUUAUUGUGCAGGAUUUUUGUAUUUCCAGGUUGCCUCAUCCCUGAUCCAGAGGUGGUGAUGGCAGCAGGUACCAGGAACAAAGUGAUGGUACCAAGAACACUGAAAUCACUCAAUCAUUUCCAAAUCUGAUACCAAAUAAUGAACACAGGGAUGCAUUUUUACAUAAAGUCUCACUGAAAAAACAACUUUGGCAUGCAACGUUUAAUUUUGCGAGACUGAUAGUGCUGUUAGCUGCUAAUGCUAUAAGCUAACUUUAGCCUUUGAGAACGGCUGUGAACCAAAGAACAACCGAUGGUCACAGCUGGGAGAACCUGUGCUCCACCUGCAGCCUUAUUAGCCUAAAUUAAUCCAAAUCCAACUAAAAAGCGAAUAUAUGCAGCAUUUUAAAUUGCUGUAACCUGGUUCUUUCCUCCUGAGUUUAAACUCCACUUUUUAUCCGUCAGGUUGAACAAAAUGCAGAAAUUCCGGCGACGUCUUUGACAUUGGUUGGUUUGUAGUCGACUUCAAGGAAAAAUGCGUUAAAUAAGUUGGAGCUAGCAGUUUCCAUGAAGCUGGGAGAGUUUAAAUUUGUGAAAACGCCGCCAAAACUAAUGGAUUAAUCCUGGAAAGAUGUUGAUGUAAAACAUGAGAUUAAUGAACGUAUCAACAAACCAGUCAACCAGGACACCACAACCCUUAAAACCACCUUAAAUGUGACAUUAUCAUAAAAACAUGGAGUCAAUUCUAACAAUUAUUUGAAUUCUUAAUCAAUCCGGUGACUGUUUUUUCUUUGAUUUUUUCCAGAAAAUGCAAUAAAAUAGCUAUGAAACCCUAAGAAACCCCAAAUAUUCAGUAUACUUUGUUAUGUGAUGAGGAAAAGCAGCAAAUUUUGUCAUUGGAGAAGCUGGAAUCUGAGAAUAUUUGUGUUGUUUCACUGCUUUUCCAUUAAGAGGAGCAACCGACCGUCUAAACUCCAAUCAACUCAGUGUUUCAGCUUCACAUGUGCACAACCUAAAGGAAGUACCAAGGACGCUUACAGUACGUGGUCUUUUUAGCACAAAGGCGACGUGUUAAAUGUCAAAAUCCUUCCGUUUCUAUACAAACAUUAAAUGCUUUUCAGGAAUGUGUUUCGAUGUAAAAGUUGAUCUUCUUGUACAGCAACUGGUGCCUUGAUCUUCCUGCCUUAAGGUUUACAGUCUUGUCUUACACAAACUGUAACGUUUCCACACGUAAAUUACUGUUUAUUAAGGUACAAACAGGCAGAUUAGACUUUGUUUGUUCACCGCAGAGAGGGAAAAAAAGGCCUGCUGUAAAUAGUUAGUUUCCUGCUGUUCUUGGAAAUUAGAAAUAAAAUAGGAAGUGAAGGGAUUCUGGGUGUUUAGAGGUAAUGAUGAGAUAAAGACGCUGUUUAAAAAUGUUAAACUGAUGUUCUGUUUAACUAGGAUGUUUCUCCAGACUGUACAGUUAGUUAGAAUUAAACAUGUUGUUUACGUGUUGUUUCCGUGACGGAUGAUGUUCGUCACGCUCCAUCAUUCCUCCUCAGCAGCUCCAGCAGAAACACAGAUCUUUAAGCAAUAACGAUUGAUGACGAUCGCUGACUUUGAUAUGUUUGUUUUCUUCUUGUUUUGUUGUUUUUUAGUCAAACAGAUUUUCUCUGUCGUCUGUUUGGACAUUCUACUGUACAGAUUACACAAACUGUAAGGAAUUUGGGUUUAUUGUUGAAAAAAAGACUCUUCAACUGAUUUAUUUUUACAGCUUGUUAUUUACUUGAGAAUGUGAAAUUUCUGUUUAAGUUGGACCUAAUUUGUAAGAUGAACAAGAUUUAAUAAAAACUGCAGGAUGAA